AGGUCGGGACGUGCAAAUCGUGGGCAAAGGACAGAGUUUGCGCGGAGGUUGUGCGCCGUGUAGCCUAUAGUGGUCAGUGCGUGCGACGACGGCGACAGUGUACGAACGUACGAAUGUGUACGGAUACCACGGAUAGCCGUCGGUGGCGUCGUCCAAGUGAUCGUCGCGUAACCGAACGGAGCGGAGCGUGCGUUGCGUUCACCACUUGCGUGUGUGCAUAAUCCGUGUGUAUGUAACGUUAACGUCGCGUGUGACCGAUGAGUUUGCGUCGUGAAUCUAGUCCGUCGUCACCGAGAGACGUACGCGAGCCCGAAGAGGAGUCGUUUGCUGUCCAGUGCCCAUGUAAAAUCAUUCGCUAGAACUGCCAACCCUCUCCCCCGCUCCUCCGUUAUAUAGUUGGUCGAAAGAAAGAGAGAGAAGCGGAGAGAGAAGACUGUACUUUAAAUGACAUAGUAGUGCGUGCACGUAUAAAAUAAAAUGCAUAAGUUAAGACUACCUGUCAAGGUCGAAUUGCCCAGUGCUUUAACAAGGAUGGUAUUGGAUCCCAAGGCCACCAGUUUGCAUAACGAUUACGGAAGCUUCGAUCGACCGUUGGGCGCCGGGGAGGGCCACGAGAGGGACGUUGAAGCGGCGGUUGAUGGAAGCAGCAGCGGGAUGGCACAAUCCAGCGACGUUUAUCAACGGCAACCGCUGUUGCCCGGCGCGCCGCUAUCCAAGAGCAAGGACAAGUGGUCCUCAGGGCCGGCCUCGGGAUCGGACUACUACGAGGACGAUGAGGACGAGAAAAGUAUCGAGGGCCUGGGUAGGCAUCCCGGUAUACCGAACGGUUCCGGCAGCGGUAUCGUCAAGAUCGACAUACCAGCGCCGCUUCGCGAGGAGCCGCGCUUUCCCAAGGAGAAGUGGAAGACGUUUCUCGCAUUUCUCUUUAUGGUCGUCAAUUUUAUACUGACGACGGCUUCCCUUGCGAUGGUGCACGAGCGCGUCCCGGACAGGAACGCGUACGGGCCGCUUCCCGAUGUAGUGUUGGACAACGUCAGCGCGCAAGACUGGGCACUCAAUGUCUCGGAAGUCCUGAUCAUGAUCAUGUCCAACUGCGCGAUGGUUUUUAUUAUUUUCCAUAAGCAUAGAUUUAUAGUAGUUAGACGAGUAUUUCUCUUGAUGGGAUUACUCUACAUGAUGCGAAGCGUCACAAUGUACGUGACAGUUCUACCGAUCGCCAGUAAGACUUACUACUGCAGCCCGAAGGCGAACAACACCAGUCCGCUACUCGUGACGAAAAGGGUCCUGCAGCUCAUUUCUGGCUUCGGCUUGUCCAUCAACGGCAAGCACACUUACUGCGGGGAUUACAUUUAUAGCGGACACACGGUCGUGCUCGUGCUCAGUUACCUGAUCAUUAAAGAAUAUUCUCCGAGAAGGUGUCAACCGAUUCAUUGGGGAGCGGGUUUGGCGGUGCUCGUCGGGGUAAUUAUGGUCUUGGUAGCUCACGGCCAUUAUACGGUUGAUGUACUUAUAGCGUUCUACGUUACUACACGCUUGUGGUAUAUUUAUCACACGUUGGCCAACAACCCAAAUCUUAAGCAAUAUGGACCAAACAACUUUUUGGCCCGGCUCUGGUGGUUUCCUAUUUUCAAGUAUUUCGAGAAGAAUGUAGGCGGCACGGUGCCACGACAAUAUGACUGGCCUCUACCCUGGCCUCGACGGUUUCUUGCCAAGCACCCGAACCGAGAUAGUUAAUAUUUGUGUUGAUUUUACGAUAGAGGCUGUUAAAAACAAAAGAGUUACUUUCAUUGUGUAUAUAUAUACACACACACACACACACACACGCGCGCGCGCGCGCGCGCGCACACACACACACGCACACACACGCACACACACACAUAUAUAUAAAACAAUCAUACCUAACCAAACAUCAACACACAUCUACAUAUACAUAUUUAGGCUUGUUAAAAUGUUGAGGUAAAACACGAUUAGAGAAAGAUAUGCAUAUAUGAGACAUAUAAUUAUUUCUCAAGAGCGAUCAUACAUUCAUAUUUGUUGAAGCAUAAUACUUUGUGUCGUUCACUUCUUUGUAAAAUCAAUCGUGAACUCUCGGACACAAUUUCUUUCUCUUUUUCUCUCACUUUCACAUAAAGCAUCGUCCAAUCGACCCGAAUUUACUUUUUGCUUGAUUUUUAUACGAUUUAUAUACGAUAUAAAGAAUAGAUAGAGAACGAUAGGAGUUUAUGAUAAUAGUAUCGUAUUAGGUUCGAAUGGAGGAAGAUAUUCGAAACUCUAAUGCACACAAAUUGAUUAUAUAUUGAUUAAUGCGUGUUUGUUUCAAAUAGUCGCACAACAAAUCGAAAGUAAAAUACAGUAAAUAAGUAAAUUUAGAACAAACAGAUGCGUGUUUUUAGAAAAACUCAUUUGACAUUGUAUAAUAAGAAGUAUUUGUAAAUCUUUAACGAGUCAUAUAGUAUAUAAAUAAACGGGAAGACGAAAUUUAAAUCCUUCCUCCAUACGA